AUGCCCGCAUCACCAUUACCAACCCCAACCCCCCAGCCUCACCAUCCCCGACUCGCCCUCCCCCCCUUCACCCUCAACAUCCCGCGCCUCCGCGCCGCCCAAACCCACCAGCCGCCCCCCUUCCCCCUAACAGCCCUCCCCACCGACCUCAUCCUCAGCAUCGCAGACCACCUCCCGCCGCCCUCGCGCCUCGCGCUAGCACUAACAAACCGCGCCCUCCACGCCGCCCUGCCGCGGUCCUGGCUCCGCCUGUCCGCCGCCCAGACGCUCGACUGGAUCGACCUGCUGGAGCGCGGUGACCCGGAGCGGCGGUACUUCUGCUUCUACAGCCGGGGUCUGCAUCCGCUGGCACGGCUCACGAAUGGCGGUGCGCAGUGUGGUAGUGAUGGUGGCAGCGGCGCAGGGUUGAAGACGCCGCUGCGCAUCGCCGUCGCGCCGACGUACAGUAUAAGUCUGCACGCCGCGCGCGCAGUGCUGCUCGCGCGCCGCAUGAACUCAACGCACGAGCACGAGGACGGGACGGGGAACGGGAAUGCGUUCGGCUUGCGCCUAAGUACACUCAACCGCAAAACCAACUGGUAUCCCGCCCCCGACAGCGCCGCCCAGCCACGCACCGAGUCCUGGACCGCGCGCGUCCUCGACAACGAGCUCUACGUGCGCAGCGUGCAAAACCUAAAAGUGCGCCAAAAGGACGGUGAAUACGAUGACGAGGGCCACGACAAAGUCCAAGCGCAGCUGCCGCGCGUGUGCCACCACACCGACCUGCCCACCCGCCACAUCGUCAGCUUCAGCGACAAGCGAACGCCGGUGGGCAGGGCCCCGCGGAUGCGGGUCUACGCCAUGACCCCGGAGUGGGAGGCCGGCAGCUGCGCUCGCUGCCGGACCGACUGGGAGGUGACGACCUAUAGGGUUGUUUGCGCGCGUGAGAGCGUCUAUGCCGUGCAGCUCGACAUAUCAUCGCGUGGGCGAUUGCCGGAUGCUGCAGCCGGCUGCGGUUGA